AUGACUGUCGCAAACCUCACCAACAAAAACAGCAAAGCCGAAGACGGAGAAGAUAAGAGAAUCACUGGAAUUAAUGGCGUCGGUAAAGUGGGAGGAAAAGAAAAAAGAAGAACAACACUUGGUUUCUCUGAAAAAUGGCGAGCAAAGGAAAGAGAACAUGAAGUGGGUAUCGAUCCUUCAAUCAUGGUUCGUGGCAGAGGUCGUAGUGGUCCUCACGAAGUUUUGGUUGAUGAGGUGAUGGAGAGAACAAGGUAUGUUGAACUCUCACGCGCGGUUGAGCAGCUCGCCGGUCAAAUAGCUACUUUGCUGCAACGACAUGAGCGCCGUCGUCUUCCUACGGAUGAAUCAGACACCGAAAGAACUGAUGAUGAUGAUACUGAAAAGCCCUUUGUUGAGCGUGUAAGGGAGAACUUGCAUCAUGAACGUGACUCUAAAAGUUGGGAAUCAGCAUUCAGCGUAGAGAUUCCUGAGUUUCAUGGUAGUGGAUUGACGUCGGAAGAUUGUAUCGACUGGUUUUCUACCGUGGAAGAAGUGCUUGAGUUUAAGAGGGUACCUGUUGCUCGUGUGGUUCCUCUUGUUACUACCCGCUUUCGAGGAAGGAUGCUGUUUGGUGGCGGCAAUUUAAAGCAACACGCAUUCAACAAGAAUGCUUCCGCACAACAGGGUGUUAGUAUACCACAAAAAUCUGGUCAGAAGUGUUAUCGUUGUGGUGAUCCGGGUCAUUUUGCGAAUGACUGUCGUAGAGCCGGUAGACCUGGUAAAGCCUUACUAGUAGAAGUUGAUGCAAAUGAUGAUUCUUUUGCUGAGGCUGAUGAAGAUGAGCUAAAUGAAGUAUUUUUGCCUGGAGAUCAAGGUGAAUGCUUAAUGGUUCUUCGUCGUUUCUUCCUCACCCAAAAAAUUGCUGAUGAUGAGUCGUGGUUACGAAAGAAUAUAUUUCAGACAACUUGUGUUGUGGGUGGUAAGAUUUUUCGUAUGAUAAUUGACUCUGAAAGUUGUGAGAAUGUAGUAUCUGACGAGGCUGUCCGUAAGUUGAAACUGCCAACUGAAAAACAUCCCCAAUCAUAUUCUCUUCAUUGGAUCAGUAAAGGUUCCGAGGUAACUAUAUCGAAACGUUGUCUUGUGAAUUUUUCUAUUCGGUCAUUGUACCAAGAUAUUGUUUGGUGUGACGUUGUGACAAUAGAUGCUUGCCAUCUCUUGUUGGGGAGACCAUGGCAAUUUGAUAGGGACGGGUUAUUGGAAGACUUCGCAGACAUAUUUCCAGUGGACCUUCAGGACGGGCUACCUCCUUCUCGAGAUAUCCAUCAUCGAAUAGAUUUUUUUCCUGGUUCGGUUCUUCCUAAUCGUCCGCACUAUCGUAUGAGCCCUAAAGAGCAUGCCGAACUGCAACGUCAAGUGGGGGAACUAUUAGAGAAGGGUCUUAUUAGGGAAAGUCUCAGUCCAUGUGUUGUUCCGGAUUUAUUAAUCCCUAAGAAAGAUGGUACUUGGCGCAUGUGUGUGGAUAGUCGUGUUGUUAAUAAGAUUACGGUAAAGUAUCGCUUCCCCAUUCCUCGCCUAGAUGAUUUAUUAGAUCAGUUGCACGAUGCUACUAUUUUUAGCAAACUGGAUUUAAGAAGUGAUUAUCAUCAGAUCCGUAUUCGCCCGGGUGAUGAGUGGAAAACCGCUUUUAAAAUUAGGGAAGGCAUAUAUGAAUGGCUAGUAAUGCUGCUCGGUCUCUCCAAUGCUAAUUUAUAG